UCAUGACAGACAGUUUGUCUCAGACAGUAUUUGUUUAAAGAAGUCUGGCCCCACAUUAGUCAAGACAGAACCCCAACUACAAUUCCCAUCUGCCCCGUGUCCACCGAGCUGUUCCACUAUCAAUGAUUGGGUCCGAAUUAUUUGAUCCAGCCAAUGAGCUUCGAGGAUACUGCGGCGCCCGAAUGACCUUUAGUCUCUGGACUGCCCGUCGCUGUGGCGGCGACUCCUGCCUCCCUCUCAUGUCCCUCUGUGGCCGCUGCACAGUUUGAAUUCCUUUCGCUGUUAUUAUCGUGCUGUCCUGCCAGGUGGGAGCGGACAGCUGGCGAGCAUGGGAGGGAAGGAAAGCACGGCGAGGAAGGUGUCGUUCGGACUGGACGAGGACGAGAAGGUCACACUAGUUGAAGGAGUGAAGCUCUCAGGGGAUGUGCUCCGGCGGAUGAGGGACUCUCCGGGGUCUGAUGGCGUCAAGCCACCGCCGCCUCCGUCAGACGGUCACAUACCUCCAGCAAGUCCAAAACCAACAGGACCCUCCGCCACAGAAAUACAAGAAGAACUACGCAAAGACUUUGAGCGUCAACAGGCCCUGGUGCAGGAGCAGUUGGUCAGACUGGCCCAGAGGGAGAGAGAGGCUGCUGCAAUCACAGGCCAGGAUGAACUGCUGCCCACCCUCAUCAUUGAGAAAGGGAAAACCAGAGAAGAGCAAGAAAAGGCUAAGAUACUGACUGCAGAUUUGGAUGCCUGGGCCAAACAACUGGAGAGGAAAGAGAAGGAACUGACCACCAUCUCCAGCUUUUAUAAAGAGCAACUAGAAAUACUGGAGAAAAAAAACUUUGACAUCUACAAGGAGUCAGCGGAACAGUACAACCAGUCAGCUACUAAAGCUGAGGCUCACAUCAGGCCCCGGCAGGCUGUGUCCGUGUGCACUGAACUGCAGGCCAAGGUGCUUGAGUGCUACAGAGGAAAUCCACAGCAGACGCUGCAAUGCUCCAGCCUGGCCAAACAAUACAUGACCUGCGUCCUGCAAGCGAAGAAGAGCUCACCGACGAACCACGGCUGAGAAACCCAAAGAAAGCAGCAGGAAAAAACGAAGAAAGGGAGACCAUGUCAAGUCCGUCCAUUUCUCGCCUCCUUCUGUCCUUCUCCUAUCCAUCCAUCCAUUUAUUUGUCACUGAAUAAAGCCCUCCUUUUCCCCACUCA